GAGUCACCGCCGAGCCCGCCGAGCAAUGCCCGGCUCCCCGCCGCCGCCGCCGCUUCCCGGGGCCGCUGGGCAGCGGCAUGACGGGGCGAGCUGAGAGUUUCUAGCCGGGGCGGGGGGGCGAAGCGGAGAGCGCGGCCGUCCUGUGCGAUGAACGGCGUUGCUGUGAGGAGCCGCGGGGUGACGACGGGGCAGGUACUGAGCCUCUUGCUUUUGUUCGGCGUUUCCGACUGGGUUUCCGCCGCGAUUCGCUAUGCGAUCCCCGAGGAGGCGCGGAGAGGCUCCGCGGUGGGGAAUGUGGUAGCCGACCUGGCGCUGGACCUCGGGCGGCUGCCGGGGCGCCGAUUGCGGGUGGUGUCCGGCGGCAACAAGAAGUACUUCGGGGUGGAUCUGACGAGCGGGGCGCUGCUGGUGAACGAGAGGAUAGACCGGGAGGAGCUUUGCGGAGCGCUCUCUCCCUGCUCCCUCGGCUUUGAGAUCGUGGUGGAAAACCCGCUCGAGCUGUACAGCGGCACCGUAGAGAUCCAGGACAUCAAUGACAACGACCCGGUUUUUCCCAGCAGCCAGGCGAGGCUGGAAAUCAGUGAGUCGGUGGCUGCCGGAGCGCGCUUCCCGCUAGAGAGCGCGCAAGACCCCGAUGUGGGAAUUAACUCUUUGCAGACCUACCAGCUCAGCGCCAACCCGAACUUCGCGCUCGACGUGCAGACGAGGGUGGAUGGCAGCAAGUACGCGGAACUGGUGUUGGAGAAGGAGCUGGACAGGGAGGAGCAAAGGGAGCUAAAUUUGGUGUUGACUGCGCUGGAUGGAGGCAGCCCGCCGCGGUCGGCCCACGUGCAGAUCCACAUUGACGUUGUAGAUGCCAACGAUAAUGCCCCGGUCUUCAACCAGUCCACCUACAAGGCGAGCGUGAGGGAGAACACGCCCAGCGGCACCCUGGUGGCCAGGAUCAGCGCGUACGAUCUGGAUGAUGGGCCCAAUGGAGACAUCGUCUACUCCUUCAGCAGCCACACCCCCGCCAAGGUACGAGAACUCUUUGCUCUGGACUCAGCCACAGGGGAGCUGAGGGUCAAGGGACAGCUGGACUAUGAGGAAACAAAGUUGUACGAGAUUUACUUACAGGCUAAAGACAAGGGAGUCGUUCCUGGUGUGGCUCAUUGCAAAGUGCUGGUGGAAGUCGUGGAUGUGAAUGACAAUGCUCCGGAGGUGACAGUGACUUCUGUGUACAGCCCUGUGCCUGAAGAUGCAGCCCCAGGAACAGUCGUAGCUCUGCUGAGUGUAACAGACUUGGACUCCCAUGACAACGGCCUGGUGAACUGCUUUAUUUCCCCUGGGAUCCCGUUCAUGCUCAGCUCCUCCCUCAAAAAUUACUACACACUGAAAACAGAAGGGGCUCUGGACCGGGAAAAGGCAGCAGAGUAUAACAUCACUAUCACAGCCAAGGACUCGGGCUCACCACCCUUGUCUGCAGUAAAACACAUCCUGGUGCAGGUGUCAGAUGUCAAUGACAACGCGCCCAAGUCGUCCCAGGACUCCUACGAUGUCUAUGUUCCGGAGAACAACGUGCCCGGCAUCCCCAUCCUUAACGUGAGCGCCACAGAUCCGGACCUUGGGCGCAAUGCCCACCUCUCCUACACCAUUUUGCAGGGCGACACCGCUUUUGGCCACCUCUUCUCCAUCAACCGGGAGAAUGGCACGCUCUACCUGCUCACCUCCCUGGACCAUGAGGACCAGGUGGAGUUCAGCAUGACGGUGCAGGUCCAGGACGGCGGCUUUCCGCCUCUGGCCACUAACGUCUCAGUCAGUGUGUUUGUCACUGACCUCAAUGACAAUGCCCCAAUGGUGCUGUACCCUCUCCCCAACACCACCGCCACCUACACCGAUGUGGUGGCACCAGGCACUCCUGCCGGGCACAUGGUCACCAAGGUGGUGGCGGUGGAUGCGGAUGCAGGGUACAACGCCUGGAUCUCCUAUACCCUGUUGCAGGCCACUGACCCCAGCCUCUUCUCGGUUGGGCUGCACAACGGGGAGAUCUUCACGGCCCGCCAGCUCCGCGAGGACGACGCCCCCGAGCACACCUUAGUCGUCCUGCUGAAAGACCAUGGGGAGCCUGUGCUGUCCACCAGUGCCACCGUCUCCAUCUCUGUGGCUGAGGUGGUCAAGGAGGUGCUCACUGACCUCACUGACGUGGCACCUGCCAAUGAUCCCAGGAGACAUGUGACUUUCUAUCUCAUCCUGGCUGUGAUUUUGGUGUCAGCAGCCUUCUUCAUCACCAUGUUGUCCGUGGGCAUCUUCAAGUGCUACAAGUGGCGGCAGUCAAAGGAGCUGUACAGCAGCUCCAGGAGUACCACGUACAGGACACCAGGGCCCUUCCAGCACAUUGAUGCCGUGCGGGGUGGCUUCACGCCACCCAGCCUCUACCACCAGGUCUAUCUCACCACAGACUCUCGCCAGAGCGAUCUCCUGUGUAAAAAGCCCUUCACUUCCAGCCCCCUGGGGAGCCGCCAGGGCACCAUAAGGAAUGGUGAGCCAGGGCUGUACCACCAGAUUGUGGGCACCGCCAGCCGGCUCCCCACGCCUGCCGAGCAAGCUCAGCCCAACACAGAUUGGCGCUUCUCUCAGACCCAGAGACCUGGAACAAGUGGCUCCCAGAAUGGAGAGGAAGCUGGAGCCUGGCCCAGCAACCAGUUUGACACGGAGAUGCUCCAAGCCAUGAUCCUGGCUUCAGCCAACGAAGCUGCUGACGGUAACUCGACCCUGGGCGGCGGCAAUGGCACGAUGGGGCUGAGCGCUCGCUACGGCCCCCAGUUCACCCUGCAGCACGUCCCCGACUACCGGCAGAACGUCUACAUCCCGGGCAGCAACGCCACCCUCACCAACGCCGGCAAGCGCGACGCCAAGAACGCCGCCCCCGCCGGAGGCAACAAGAAGAAAUCCGGGAAGAAGGAGAAGAAGUAGUGAAGAAGAGAAAGGAGACCUUAGAGCUACAGGGCAGCCGGCUCCAGCACUCCCCCAAAACCACAGCCCAGGCCGGAGGACGAAUGUGAAAUUUUUCUUUUUUUUUUUUUUUUUUGUGGUGCAAAAGUAGGAAAUGCUGCGAAUGUAUCUCGUCAUCAUCAGGGCUGAGAGCAGGGGCUCGCUGCUCUCAGGUCUCAUGAUGAAAACCAACCCAGAAUCUAAAGCGAACGCAAACAAGUGCCCUGUGAAUAACGUUUUAUACAACCCCUCGGGUAUUCGAAUAUGCAAGGGCGGACGGAAGGUCUUUUGCCGUGUCUUUGGAUCCGAUUUGCUCCCAGGUAGUCCGAGAAAGGCACAAGGCUUGUGCUCGGCUUUGCCCAGUGUAAAUAAUUUUAAUGUGGAUCAUUUAAUUUAUAGCCCUUCGAGUAUUUUUUGGAAAGGAAAUGGAAGUUCUUAGCUUAGAGCCCGUGCUCCAGUUCUUCGCUCUUAAAUUUUCCAUUCGUAAAAUUCACCCCCAAGCCAAUGAUAGCGAUGGAUUUUGGAAUUUGGAAGUUGGUAGGGAGUGCUUCAGUUCCUGCUUACCUGUCAUCUGAAAAAAAGAAAAAAGGGUUUAUAUUGCAUGAGUCUAUGGGAUUAUGGCAAAGCUGCAUCCGAAACAAUUAUUUUUGGCUUUUUUUGGUUUUUUUUGUAAUUUUUUUUUGUUGUUGUUGUUUUAAAGUGUAACCACUAAUGGCCUGAAAUACCAUAAGGAAAAAGCCCUCCCGCUGUGUGAGAGGCAGGGAAUUCCAAGAGGAGCACGCCGAGGCGUGCGGCAGCUGCCCCGGCGGUUCUAGGGGUCUCCGAAGAGCAGACAACAUCUCAACCCUUCUUUGCAGUAAAUAUUUAUAUGUACAGUCGAUGUUCUUAUGGAAUUAAGGCUAAGAGAGCCUCGCUCCCCCGCGGCCAGGCCUGGCCGGGUCCCCGCGCAGGGGACACGGGGACGACGCUUCGCUGUCUGCACACGGUGUCUGCAUGCACGUCCCUCACCUCGCACCUGCACUAGCGCAGUAGCUCCACGGACCCGCACAAGUCCUGGCAUGCCCACGCGGCGUGACCGCGCCGGCGGCCCCGAGCCUGGCGCGGGGCUGUCCUGGGGAAGGGGUGGGAGGGGGUGGGGUGGCUCAAGGCGGGCUGGGGAAACUCAUUGUUGCUUCUAGUUGGGGCCCCAAAGGUUGUUUGGGGCGGUCGGGCGGUUCUACGAGGUGAUUCUUGGGGGGUCUCGCCCAAAGCGGGGGGAUCCCGUGGAUCCAGCGGAGCUGCCGGUGCAUGGCUUUGGUGCAGAGCGGGUGACUGAGCAAGUGAUGGUUGUUUUGGUGGCGGGUGGGGACCAGAUCCAGACCAGGGACCCGAGAGCAGGGGGUGACGCUGCAAAGCGGGGGGCAGUGACUGGGGGAGUGUCACACGGGACCACGCGGGGCCGGCCCGGAGGAGGUGAUGCUCCCGCUGGCUUUGGGCCUUGUACCCUGCGGGGGAGAAUUAAGGGAUGAGGAGUAGAGUUUCUCCAUGUGCCCAUCAUCGAAGCACCAGGCCGGCUUCCCAAACAAAGCAGCUCUGAGCCCCCGCGGGAGGCAGCUGGGGGCUUUGUGCAGCCAGAGCCAGGAGAGGAGCUGUGGGGUGGCCAGGAAGGGGACACUCCGAGUUUCCCGGGGGGGUGUGUGGUUUUUUUUUUUUUUCCUUUUUUAAUCACUAACACGUAACUCACCCGAGCAGAUCCAGCCUUUUCAGCCAGGCUCUCCCCACCCCUGCUCCCUCCCCAAACGCAGGGCAGCAGGAGCAUCCUCCGCGCUCCAUCCGGACCCAGCCGCCUCCGGCGCUGGCUGCGCUGGCAGCGGUUCCCACCCUGUCCCCUGCAGCUGCCACCUGCCCCCCCUCUAGAAAUGCUGUAGCUGAAUCGUAGUCUUUAUAUUUUCUUUUUAAUCUGCAAUCUGAGGUAGCGUAGUGAGUGUUGUGUAUUUAGUGGCGUGUUAUUUUUAAUCGCGGUAACUAACUUGUGGACAUCAGUAUUUUCAAUUUUCUCUGUAUCUCCUUCCCAUGUGCUCUGUGCUCCGAGUGUACGUGAAAUGAAACACGUUUGCCCUUUCAAUGUGUCUAAUAUUGAAUUAUACUUAUAUAUUAUAUAUAUGCUUAUAUCCUUCUUAUACCCAUAUAGACCAAUGUCGAUGUGUUACACGCAAGUUUUAUACUCUAAUAUUUAUAUUGCUUUUUUUCUUUGGGAAAAAAAAAAUAAUAAAAUGGUUUCUUCUGAA